AUGACCGUUGUCCCUGUGGCGCGAGGCUGGCACAAGUCACCUGCCGUACUGAUGGGAUUUACCGCUAAUUCGGCAUUAGUAGAUGCGAGACAAGAUCAAAGGGAGAUGGCAGGGAAAGAAAGAGAUAGAAUCUACGGGAGAUUUACCGAGGACCGCCGGUGCCGAUUGAAAAAGUCACAAUCUGUGCAUGAUCACCUUGCGGUAUUGGAGUGGGGCUAG